CUUUUGAUUUAUUUGUGGGUAUAUAUCCAGUAGUCAAUCAGCCUAAUAAAAAUGGCCGCAGAAAAUAACCUUGACGUUGAAUCCAAAAGCGUUGUGCAGCUUGCUCCGAUAGCGGAAGAAGCGAUUCCAAACAUAAACACCUACCAGCAGAAGAAGAAUUUGGCCCAGGGAAUGAUGGAUCUGGCGUUGGUUUCCGCAAACGCUAAUCAGUUGCGGUACGUGCUGGAGUCCUUCACGCGGCAUCCCUACUACUACUUCAGUUUGAUCUUCAUUUUGAUCAGCUUGGCGAUUCAGAUCGUCGUUGGCAUAGGGCUAAUCAUGAACAGCCGCUACAAUGUGAACGACAAUCACGAGAUCUGCAAGGCGAACAAAAUUAACGAUAUGGUCACGAUCGGGAUUUUUCUGAUAACACUCGUCAACAUAUUGAUACCGGCUUUCGGAAUAGCUCCGCAAGCCGAUUGA